AGUCUUCAGUGUCCCAACAUGCAUCAGUGAGCUACCAGCAGUAGCUGCUAACCACAUUUGACCCUGUGUGUGCGAUGAUGAAUUAGACAUCCGGGCUGUGUGUAUGGAAGAUGGCGACACUUAUCCUCCCUGGUGAAUGGAUCAAAAACUGGGAAAAAUCAGGAAAACACGAGUUUGUACAACUCUGCAAAGAACUUACAGAGAAAAGAGAUCAUGGAAGUGAGAUUAGAGAUGUACAGGCUGCCUUAUACGAGCUUUGCUGGCAAGUUGUUCAGGGGAACCUGAAGCUGGAUCUUGUCGCCAGCGUCCUUGGGGACAUGAUGGAACUCCGGGAUGACAUGACAUCAAUUUUAGCAGAUGUGUUCAGUAUACUAGAUUUAGAGACUGUUGCACUGGAAGAAAAAAACAAACGUGACCAUUACACACAACUGGUGGGAGCUUGUUUGUUUUUUCUUCCAGAGGCCAUCCUGAAAGAGAGGCUGGAUCCAGAAACCCUUGAAUCUCUUGGACUUAUAAAACAAGCCAAUCAGUUCAAUCAGAAGAUUGUAAAAAUCAAGACUAAACUUUUUUACAAGCAACAGAAGUUUAACUUGCUAAGGGAGGAGAACGAGGGCUACGCCAAACUAAUCACUGAGCUUGGCCAAGACCUCUCAGGCAACAUCACCAGCCAUCUUGUCCUGGAGAGCAUCAAGUCCCUUAUAGGAUGUUUCAAUUUAGACCCUAAUCGUGUUUUGGAUAUAAUCCUGGAGGUGUAUGAGAGUCGAUCCGACCAAGAUGAGUUCUUUCUGUCUCUCAUCAAGUCUUACAUGUGUGAGCCACUCACCCUUUGCCACAUCCUGGGCUUUAAGUUCAAAUUCUACCAGGAGCCUAACGGAGAAACCCCCAAGUCACUUUACCACAUUGCUGCUGCUCUGCUUCACCAUAACCUGAUAGAGCUGGAAGAUCUCUACGUACAUCUUAUGCCACUAGAUGCCACCAUCGUAGAGGAACACAAACGGGAUAUCUCAGAGGCCAAGCAGAUUGCUCGCAAGCUGGUCAUGGUUGUGUUGCCGUCAGACAAAAGUGAAGACAAAGAAAAAGAGAAAGAAAAGGAGGAGGAGAAGAAUGAGAAGCCACCUGAUAACCAGAAACUUGGUCUGCUGGAAGCGCUACUUAGAAUUGGGGACUGGCACCACGCCCAGAGUAUUAUGGACCAGAUGCCUUUCUUCUAUGCUACUUCUCACAAGGCCAUUGCACUGGCACUCUGUCAGCUUGUGCACCUGACUGUGGAGCCUCUUUACAAAAGGGCUGGACUCCCAAAAGGGGCAAAGGGAAGUGUAAUGCAUCCACUGAGAAAUAAGCGGGCCCCUCGGCCUGCAGAGAUCUUCGAGGACCUACGCAGGGACACAUUCAGCAUGCUUGGCUACCUGGGGCCUCACCUCUCCCAUGACCCUAUCCUUUUUGCCAAGAUUGUGCGUCUGGGCAAGGCCUUCAUGAAAGAGUACCAAAGUGACGGCAGACCUGAUGUCAAAGACAAAAUGGAAACACUUUUGAGUUGUUUCCUGAGCAUUGCAGACCAGGUGCUACUCCCUUCUCUUUCUCUGAUGGAGUGUAAUGCUUGCAUGUCUGAGGAACUGUGGGGUCUCUUCAAACUCUUUCCCUACCAGCACAGGUACCGGUUAUAUGGGCAGUGGAAGAAUGAGACAUAUUCCAGCCAUCCACUGUUGGUUAAAGUCAAAGCUCAGACUGUGGAAAGGGCCAAAUACAUUAUGAAGCGGUUGACCAAAGAGAAUGUGAAACAAUCUGGAAGGCAGAUUGGCAAGCUGAGCCAUAGCAAUCCCACCAUCCUCUUUGAUUAUAUGCUGUCUCAGAUCCAAUGGUACGACAACCUCAUCGUUCCAGUGGUGGAUUCCUUGAAAUACCUCACAUCCCUCAACUAUGAUGUCCUGGCCUAUUGCAUCAUUGAGGCUCUGGCCAAUCCCGAGAAGGAGAAGAUGAAGCAUGACGACACUACCAUCUCCUCAUGGCUUCAGAGCCUCGCAAGUCUGUGUGGAGCCGUGUUCAGAAAAUACCCAAUUGAGUUGGCUGGCCUUCUGCAGUAUGUCACCAAUCAGCUAAAAGCAGGGAAGAGUUUUGACCUGUUGAUCCUGAAAGAGGUGGUGCAGAAAAUGGCUGGCAUCGAGAUCACAGAUGAGAUGACCUCAGAGCAGUUGGAGGCCAUGACCGGAGGGGAGCAACUCAAAGCUGAGGGUGGCUACUUUGGCCAGAUCAGGAACACUAAGAAGUCAUCACAACGUCUGAAAGAUGUGCUGCUGGACCACGAAUUGGCUUUGCCACUGUGUCUGCUCAUGGCCCAGCAACGAAAUGGUGUGGUUUUCUUAGAGGGUGGAGAGAAACACCUCAAACUUGUUGGCCACCUCUAUGAUCAGUGCCAUGACACAUUGGUUCAGUUUGGUGGCUUUCUGGCCUCCAACCUAAGCACAGAGGACUACAUCAAGCGGGUUCCCUCCAUUGACAUCCUUUGUAACCAGUUCCACACUCCACAUGAUGCUGCCUUCUUCCUAUCUCGGCCAAUGUACGCCCAUCAGAUUUUGUCUAAGUAUGAUGAGCUGAAGAAAGCAGAGAAAGGCAACCGGCAGCAGCAGAAGGUACACAAGUACGUGGCAGCCUGUGAACAGGUGAUGACACCGGUGCAUGAGGCUGUGAUGUCCCUCCAUCCAGCCAGGGUCUGGGACGACCUCCGCCCUCAGUUCUACGCCACCUUCUGGUCCCUCACAAUGUACGACCUGGCCGUUCCACAUGCUGCCUACGACCGUGAGGUCAACAAGCUCAAGGCCCAGAUCAAGGCCAUCGAGGAGAACCCAGAGAUCCCCUUGAAUAAGAAAAAGAAGGAGAAGGAACGCUGCACUGCCCUGCAGGAAAAACUGCAGGAAGAGGAGAAGAAGCAGCUGGAGCAUGUCCAAAGGGUUCUACACCGUCUCAAACUGGAGAAGGACAACUGGUUGUUGGCCAAAUCCACAAAGAACGAGACCAUAACAAAGUUCCUGCAACUCUGUCUGUUCCCUCGCUGCAUCUUCUCUUCCAUCGACGCCGUGUACUGUGCCCGCUUUGUUGAGCUGGUCCACCAGCAGAAGACGCCCAACUUCUGCACCCUCCUGUGCUAUGACAGGGUGUUCUCUGCUAUCAUUUACACUGUGGCCAGCUGUACAGAGAACGAGUCUCACCGCUACGGACGCUUCCUCUGCUGCAUGCUGGAGACGGUGACGCGUUGGCACAGCGACCGUGCGGUCUAUGAAAAGGAGUGCGUCAAUUACCCUGGCUUCCUGACCAUUUUCAGAGCCACAGGCUUCGAUGGAGGGAACAAAGCAGAUCAACUUGAUUAUGAGAACUUCAGGCAUGUGGUGCACAAAUGGCACUACAUGCUGACUAAAGCUUCAGUUCACUGCCUGGAGACGGGAGAUUACACCCACAUCCGGAAUAUCCUCAUCGUGCUUACCAAGAUCCUGCCCUGCUACCCCAAGGUCCUGAACCUGGGCCAAGCGCUUGAGUGCCGUGUCCACAAGAUCUGCCUCGAGGAGAAGGACAAGAGGCCAGACCUCUAUGCCUUAGCAAUGGGUUAUUCAGGUCGGUUGAAAAGCCAGAAGGUGCACAUGGUCCCUGAAAAUGAGUUUCACCACAAGGAGCAGCCAGCCCGCAGUGCCACCCCUGCCAGUCAGCAGAACGGCCCCGGCAGCACAGGCAAGCCUGCCACCAGCACAAGCAAGACAGAGGAGGGGACGUCAGAGGAUGGUGAUCGGGGCAAAGAUAAAUCUCAGGGGACCACAAAGCCAGUGAACAAAGCCAACAGUGCAGCGGCCAAAGUGACCACCAGCAACGGGAACGGUGCUCUCAACAGCACCAAAGCCACUAAAGAACGGGACGACAAAGAGAAGAGCGGGAAGGAGAAAAAAGAGAAGAAGGAAAAGACACCGGGCAGCACUCCUGAGACAAAGGUGGAGAACCGUCGGGAGAAGCAGAGAGACGAGAGAGCGGGGAAGGAGGAGCGGGUGGCACGUGAGGGUAAGGAGAAGACCCCCAAGGCAGACAGGGAGAAAGUGAAGGCCGAGGAGAAGAGCAGCAAAGACGACAAGGCCAAAGCCGGCAAUGGGGAGCCAGUGGAGGUGUCCAGGGAGCGCGACGCCAUCAAGGAGUCCAAGAGCAAGGAGAAAGGAGACAGGAGCGCUGUGGCCGGGUCCCUCAAGUCACCAGUUCCCAGAUCAGAGUCAGCCGAAUCUGAGAGGGAUCACAAAAGACGAAAGCUCGACAGUCACUCUUCUCCAUCCCACUCCUCGUCUGUUAAGGACAAUAGCAACGAACCCAAGGAGUCCACAUCCAAGCACCACGUCAACUACAAUUCAGUAGCCCGGUCCAAGAGCAGAGAGAGGGAGAUGGAGAAGAAAGAUACAGACAGCACACAAGGCCGAUCCAAAGAGAAGAAGGAAGAAAAGGAUCGGAAAGAAAGGAAAAGAGACCAUGCUGUCAAUGACCGCGAGGCGAGCCAAGAAACCAAACGUAAAAAGGAUGAGAAUGGAACCAAUUCUUCCAAAAACAGCAAGAGCACAAGUCCUACCUGUGACUCCCCACUUUCGGCUGAAAAAGAGAAGAGCAAAAGAUCCAAAUCGUCCAGCAAAGAGAAGGCAGAGUCUGUGAAACCUGAGCGAACGUCCUCUGGAGGCAAAAAGGAGUCCAGACACGAUAAGGAGAAAUCUGAAAAGAAAGAGAAGAGGGAAAGCAGCGGAGGAAAGGAAGAGAAAAAGCAAUAUCCUUAAACGUGCCACCUAAAUUAUAAUUAUGGGCGUAUUUUGUACUGUCAGGUGUGAAUAUUUUGGUAUUUAAAGGUGUGGAGUCUUUCUAAAAUUGUAGUUUUUUAACAUCACUGCUUCACCAAAUCAACUCCAGGCACCUCCUUUGCUCAGGGCCACAUUUGGUCCUCAUUGACGGAUGAAUUGGCUUGUUUUAAAAUGAUGCAAACAUUUGUGCUCCUGUUCACCAGUCUUUUAACAUGUGCUUACUACAGCCACUCACUGCACUCAAUUUGUUUCCAAUUUGUGUCCACUAUGAGAGAAUUACCUCCAUUUAUAUCUGUUAUGUGUCACCAAAUACACUCAGAUGCAAUAACUGUAGAUACCAACCAUUUUCACGUCAACCUAAUUAGUGCACUAAUCCUCAGCCAAUAACCAUUCAACUUUUCUCAUUUUAGCUCUUAACUGCAGGCUAAUUCUGUGUUCAGCCCACUCUGACACGAGCUAAACUGAUCAUGUGCUCUUUAACUGGGAACUCAUUAAAGCAUGCACUCUUACACACUAGCAAUCUUCAGGGGAGUGGAUGAAGUUCUUGUCAUUUCCUGUGAUUGGGGAGGGGGGACUCAUUCAUAUCAAUAUUUUGGGGACUCCGAAUCUACAACCUGUCACAAUCCCACAGUUAGACAAUGAAAAAGAGGCCUGGAUGCUCGGAGGCUCACCUGCUAUGACAAAACCGUUGUUUUUGGCAGUCAGUAAUUUAAGUACUUGUCAGCAUUUCAGUCUUUGAUUAAUUUCCCAUUUCCCUUAACAAUCAUACUCAUAAAUCCUCUGACAAGCACAGAUAAUGUGCACUAAUCAUUGAAGGUAAGACACUUUCAACUUCUUUGUAAACAUCUCUCAAUACAACAUCUUUGUGGGCAGUUUUUCAUAUAUUUUCUCGCCUCCGCUCCACAGCAGAACUGGAGAAGCUGUGUUUUUUCUUUAUCUGCAAGACAUCUGAAACUCCCCCUGUGCUACGUUAGUAACUCGUACUCUCAUUUCUGCCUGUUGUUUUGCUGUAAACCCCCCCCCUUCCAAGUGUUAGCUGUAGUUAUCUCAAUUUACAGAUCACCUCAUUAUUUUUCUAUUUCAGUAUACAGCAAACCUUUUCUUCUUUUUUAUUAUUCAUAUGGGCACAGUGUGCUGCUCUAAUCACAUUGUUGUUGUUCUAAUUAGUAAAGUGGUUACUGUAUGAAAUGAUCUCAUCUGGUCAUGGAUUCAAUAAUCUCAUGCUUGAAAAUGUGUAUUUUUUUGUAUGUUGUCAGGCUUUGCUUUAUGCUCGUUUUAUUGGAGUUAACAUGCUUUCCAUACUCACUUACCUCAUAUCCUUUUUGAGAUACUUAGAUACAUUUUAUUUAUUUAUCUCCAUCUUUUAAUCCAAGUAAGACAGUAGGCGUAAGUGAGGAAAAUGAUAAUAGGACCAGUUUGUAUAUUGUGUACAAUAAUAAAGAGAGUAACAUGAAAUUCACAUCAUGUUAUUUCUUCUUUUCUUUGUUUUUUGAUGUCCCCUACUGUCCUUUUGUGAUUUUGUGUUAAUCAGGUUUUUACAUAAUUUAUAAAAAAAAAAAUGCCAUUUCAACCUUCAUUCAAAUGUAGAAUUGUAAAAAACAAAAUAAUAAAAAAAAAUCACACACAAAUUCUCAAACUCUGUACUCCAAAUACAACUGUUUCAAAAUGACUUUUGGAGAUUUUAUCUGCUGUACUCAAUGAGUGUAAGCUUUUGUUCUUUUUUUAAAAAAAAAAACAGAAAAACAAUAAAUACGUUUUCCUAGUGUGUCACUUUGA